UUAGUCAGUUCAGUUUUGUGUUAGUGCGUGGCGGUGGUGGUGGUACGACCUCAUUUCGUUUCUUUACGGUGCAACGUUUUAGAUUUGUAAUUUAGUGAACUUUAUUAAAAAAAUAAAAAGUGUUAAUAAUCUGUGUAUCACACAUUUAGCGUACGUAAGUAUUGCAAUAUAAUGUUGACAUUGUGGCGAGGGGUGGAAAGUGAUGGAGGCGUGCCGACCGACAUAAUCCAGGGUGCGGCUGUCGGACGACCUAAUACCAAAUUUUAAGGUCGCUUUAAUUAAAAUGAAUGGUGUCACAAACCACACCUCCAACCCGAUUCGAAACAAAAAUGCGUUGUAGUACCUAGUUCUUUUCAUCAAAAAGAUCAUCCAAAAUGAAGCAGUGCGUGAACAAGAACCUCAUCACGCUGAAAUUAGUGUUAUUUUGUUUUCUCUCAGGCGUAGGAUGCAUCUUUCCAUUCCUGCCACUACACAUGCUGUCCCUAGGGCUGGACCGGGGAGAGGCCAGAUUGAUAUCUGCCGUCGCGCCGUGCAUCGCUCUUCUGGGCCCAGCUUUAUUGGGGCCUUUUAUCGAUAAGUUAUCUGUGGGGCGAGGGUCGACAGGUGGCGGUCCGACACCAAGUGGUUCUGGUCGACUGCUCAGGAUAACCACCGCCGUGUGCCUUAUACUCAGUGCUCUCUUUUACACCCUGUUAUUGACUGUGCCGGCUGCCGAGCGGCACCAGGCGAGACGGCCAAAUGUUUUGUUCAUGUGUGAUGAGGACAGCGCUUAUGUCAUCCAAGAGGUGUGCAAGGAGGACAUGAGAUGCAACCGGUGGUCGGGCGAGAAGACUGGUGUGCUAGCAUUGACUUCUUGUGAAUAUGGAUGUGCCGACGACAACAUGACGUGGGUGAAAGAACCAUUCGCAAUUUCCGACACUUACAACGACUCCACACCCGGCCCGCUCUUCACUAUAUCCAACACUACUUGGCAAUCAGAUGGCUACCCGGAUGAUGACGACGAGAGUUACGAAGAGUUCCCACCGCACUUGUGCUACAACGGCCUGUGCACUGUAUACAUGCAACAUGAGGCCCGACUGCGAUUGCCACUAUCCCUCCUGGCACCAGACCCACUAAAAGACAACACUACGUCAGAUGCUGGCUGGUGCACUUACAGGACGAGCGGUGCGUCAAAAUGCACGGUGCCCCCGCAGAGGCUGCGCGAGCUGACCCUCAGCAGCUCGGAGCCGUGCCGCCCGGCCGUGCGCUGUCUCGUGCUGGACCCGUACGACGAGCCGGACGCCGUGCUGGCCGACGCCGAAUGCCGCCGCGUCGUCGGUGAUCCUGCUUAUACUUUCACCACCUACUUCAUUUUGAGGGUAUUAGCAGACAUUUGGCCUAGCGCAGGGUUGGCUCUCCUAGGAGCGGCUUGCGUAAUCGCCACCCGUGAAACUUCCCUGGGCCGCGGGGACGUGGGUCGCCAGCUAGCGUUCGGCACCCUUGGCCUAGCGAUCUUCCCACCACUGGCCGGGUUGGCCAUGGAUUCAAUGCCUGACAACCCUUACUUGGUCCCAUUCACCUUGCAUGCAGUCUUCAUGCUGAUUGGAGCCCUCAUUCUGCUGGUUGACAAACACAUGCCAUUGUCGACGCCGGAAUGGUGGUGGCACACGGCGACGGGGGCCCUGGCGCUGCCGUUCAGCGCCGUACGCCGCUACGGGGCGGAGACCGCGGCUGUGUUCGCGGUGGUGGUGCUACUGGGGGUCUUGUGGAGCGGCAUCGACACCUACCUGCCUUGGACAAUCCAGGACAUCCAAGAAGAGGCAUAUACUCACUUCAACGAGUCGCUAUCAGCCACGGAGGACACGGCUACGAAGGUGGGCCUGACGCUGACGGUGGGCGCACUGCCCGCCGUGCCCGCGCUGCUGUGGGCCGAGGCGCUGGUGGACUACAUCGGACACUCCAACGUCUUCAUCACUGCCUUCACUUUCUACUGCCUGCGAUAUAUUGGCCUCGCCUCGGGCACCGACUACGACUGGGUAGUGGUGUGUGAGAUCUUAGAGAUCUUCACAUUGAGUCUGGUCUGGGUGACGGCCAUGCUCUACUUCAGGCAUCUCGUUCCGCGCAAGUACACCGCCACCGGACAAGCAUUGCCUGUAAUCGCACACUUCUGUAUAGGUCGUUGUAUCGGCGCGAUCGUGGGCGGAAUGGUGCACGGGCGGCCGCCGCUGGAGUCGCAGCGUAGCGUGUACCGCGCGCUGGGCGUGGUGUCGCUGCUGGCGGCCGCAGUGUACCUCGCGCUGUACCACCUGCUGCUGGCGCCGCGCUGCGCCGCGCGCCCCGCCGCCCCCCCGCAACAACUGUUACAAGCUUGCACUGUGGACGGCCAGCUAAAUGCUAAAGGUUUGAACGCGAACGGAGGUUCCAAUGGUACAUACUCUCCGAUGCGGGUAUAUCACGAAGAAAGAUCAAGAAAAGGACAUUUCCGUUACUAAGCCUAAACUAUAAAAUUGUUAUUCCUUGUUAGUUUUUGUGUAAGUCACGCUAAAUGUAGGUUUGCAGCUAGCAUAAUAUUUUCUAAUCAUUGAUUUUUUAUUAAUAAGUCCCGAAUUGUGAUAUAAUUUGUGCUUUUUAAUUCUCUUUUUUAACUAUAUUUAUUAAAUGUUCUUUCAGAGUUAAUGACGAUUGAUUGCAUUUUUAAUUAUUUUUAAUAAAAGAAGCAUUAGCUUCAAAGUACAUUA